AUGAACAUGCUUCUGGCUUCUAAUCAUGUGCCACAAAAUCCCCAUUCGCGCCGGAACACUGAAUUUCAUCGCAAUAUAUUGGGACAAGAGACCGAAAAAUACGCCAUGGAGAUCUUGGUUAUAUUAAUUGGCCUACUGGCACCACUUCAUCUGGUUGCUGCAAUCUCAUCAACUCAGCCUCUCUAUGAUCUGGUAGAGCGACGAUUGCCCGGUCACUCGGGGGAUUUUGUAUUCCUCCUCGACGAGAAGGGAGAUCCAGAUGGAAGCGUUCCUUCGAAUGAUAGAUACUCGAUUUCCACAGAUUCCAAUGAUGCCAUUACAAUCAUUGGAAACAGUGUGAGCGCUUUGACAACCGGAUUACGGAGAUAUAUGGUCGAUGUGGUCCACACAGAUCUUUACUGGUUCCUAGGAAGUCAGAACGAGAGCGAACCCAUUCUACUACGCCCUGACACGACAAUCAAUGGGUCCAGUAUCGUACCGUGGAGGUACUACUUCAACACAGUCACAUUCUCUUAUACAACGGCCUUUUGGAGCUGGGAAGAUUGGGAACUUGAGCUUGACUGGCUUGCUUUACAUGGCGUCAAUACUGCACUGGCCUGGGUUGGCUUUGAAAAGAUCCUACUCGACGUCUUUCAGUCUAUCAAUCUGACUACCUCGGAAAUCGUACCCUUUUUCUCCGGCCCGGCGUUCCAGGCAUGGAAUCGCUUCGGCAAUAUCCAGGGUUCGUGGGGUGGUGAGCUUCCUAUCCAAUGGAUCGAGUCGCAGUUCGAGCUUCAGCAGAAGAUCUUGAAGAGAAUGCUCGAUCUUGGUAUGACGCCUAUUUUGCCAGCAUUCACUGGGUUUGUACCACGGGCCUUGACAAGUGUAUAUCCCAAUGCCACUGUUGUGAAUGGAAGUCAGUGGGAAGGUUUUCCAACCGACUAUACCAAUACGACUUUCCUCGAACCAUCGGAUGCUUUAUUUACUAUUCUUCAGAAUCUCACAAUUUCAAAGCAAAUCGAAUACUAUGGUAACAUAACGCAGUUUUAUACGCUCGAUCAAUACAACGAGAACGAUCCUUUCUCCGGGGACACCGACUAUCUCCGUAAUAUCACUCAUGGAACCUGGAAAUCCCUUAAAGCGGCGAACCCCUCUGCAGUCUGGGUAAUGCAGGGCUGGCUCUUCACUUCCAACGAGGACUUUUGGACUACUCCGCGCAUUGAGGCAUACCUCUCAGGCGUUGAAGAGCCUACUGACAUGCUCAUUCUCGACCUUUUCUCCGAAAGCCAACCCCAGUGGCAGAGAACAAAUUCCUACUUUGGAAAAUCCUGGAUCUGGAACCAAUUGCACAACUACGGUGGCAACAUGGGACUGUACGGGCAAGUCUCUAAUGUGACCGUCAACCCGAUCGCCGCGCUUGCAAAUUCCUCUUCACUCGUCGGGUUUGGACUGACACCAGAAGGCCAGCAAGGCAACGAAAUCAUGUACAAACUCCUCCUUGAUCAGGCAUGGCAAAGUACCCCCGUAGACACAGCAUACUACUUCCGCCAAUGGGUCUCGACGCGCUAUCACUCCUCCACCUCCACCUCCACCAACACGACUAUCCCCGAAUCUCUAUACACAGCAUGGGAAUUGCUCCGCAUCAGCGCAUACAACAACACAAACCUCACCUCCAACGCCGUAUCCAAAGCCAUCUACGAGCUCGCGCCAAAUAUCACAAAGUUAACAGGUCGUACGGGACACCACCCCACAACGGUAAACUACCAACCGGAACUCGUCGUGCAGGCCUGGCAGGCCAUGUACCGCGCCACCACCGAACAAUCCUCACUAUGGACACACGCAGGCUUCACACAUGAUUUCGUCGACGUCACACGACAAGUCUUCUCAAACGCGUUUUUAACUACUUACGAAGCGUUCAUCAAAACUUGGAAUUCCACUUCAUCUACUGCACCACCAUCAUCAUCAUCCUCAUCAUCGUCCCCCCCGAUCAUGACGAAAAACACAACUCUCCACUCCCAAGCCAGCACCCUAACAUCCCUCCUCCGCACCCUCGACGCCGUCCUCCUAACCCUUCCACAAUACAGCCUCGAUCCCUGGAUCUCAUCAGCCGUGUCGUGGUCCAGCUCUAACCAAUCCUCCUUCUACACAUACAACGCGAUUAACCAGAUCACGCUCUGGGGCCCCACGGGGCAAAUCAACGACUAUGCUAGUAAGUCCUGGGGCGGGCUGGUCGGCGGUUACUAUUUACCACGGUGGGAGACUUUUCUGGGGUAUUUGCUGGAUGUUGGCGGGCCGGCGGGGUAUGUGGAUGGGGUUGCGAGAGAGAGGGUUAGGAUUGUUGAGAUGGGGUUUCAGGGCAUUGGGGAGAGUGAAGUCGUGGUGGGGGAUAGGAGGAGUGUGAGGGAUGUUGUUGAGGGGGAGGUUUUGGGGGUAUUGAGGGGGUUGGGUGUCGAGGUGUAGUUUUGCGUUGUACGGUGUGUGCGUGCGUCCGUGCGAUGUGAGACAUGUUAUAUCUGUCGGUCGAGUCUAUGACAGAGAAGUGUUUUUUUGCCAUGGUGGUGCUUCAGUAGUUCGCAUGCUGCAACGCCUUCCCCAAAAUCCGUAUAAGAAAAUAGAAUAUUACACUCCCAUGGCAUUGUCCCCAUCACUUCUCCACGUAC